GGAAGCCGCAAGUGCUAGUGUAACUGGCCUUUCUACCCCAUACACUAUGACACCACCUAUUGCCCAAGGAACAAUGCCACAAUGUGAUGCAAUAUAUUCCUUUUACCAAAGCUUAACCAGAAGGAAAGUUGUGACCCUAGAAGAAACUGAAGGAUCUGGUCUAUGCCGCUGCCUCUCCUCUCUGGACCUGGUGGCUCUGGGUGUGGGAAGCACAUUAGGUGCUGGAGUUUAUGUCCUAGCAGGAGAAGUGGCAAAGGUGGAUUCUGGUCCUAGCAUUAUUAUCUCCUUCCUAAUUGCAGCCCUUGCGUCGGUGCUAGCUGGUCUCUGCUAUGCUGAAUUUGGUGCUCGGGUACCUCUUACCGGAUCUGCCUAUUUGUAUAGUUAUGUGACUGUCGGAGAGCUGUGGGCCUUCAUCACAGGAUGGAAUUUAAUACUCUCCUAUAUAAUAGGGACCUCCAGUGUUGCCCGUGCUUGGAGUGCCACAUUUGAUGAGCUUACAGGAAAGAAAAUAGGACAUUUCUUUAGCCGUUCAAUGCCCAUGGGACUGACUGGACUGGCAGAGUAUCCUGAUAUAUUUGCAGUGUGCCUCAUAAUACUUCUUGCAGGCUUGCUUUCCUUUGGUGUAAAAGAGUCAACUACAGUCAACAAAGUCUUCACAGCUAUUAACAUUUUGGUCUUGGUAUUUGUUAUCAUUACUGGGUGCAUAAAGGGGAAUCUGAAAAACUGGUCCCUCACAAAGGAAGAUCUGAUGGAGACUUCUCGGCGAAUGAGUAACACCUCUAUAGGUGCCAACACAACAGAAGAUUUUGGCAUUGGUGGAUUCAUGCCCUUUGGCUUUAGAGGAACUCUGUCUGGUGCAGCCACCUGCUUUUAUGCCUUUGUUGGAUUUGACUGCAUUGCCACUACAGGCGAAGAAGUAAAAAAUCCUCAGAAAUCCAUCCCACUUGGUAUUGUAACCUCUCUACUCAUUUGCUUCCUGGCCUAUUUUGGAGUCUCUGCUUCUCUCACUCUCAUGAUGCCAUAUCAUCUGCUGGACUCCCAAAGCCCACUUCCUGUUGCGUUUGAAUACAUUGGUUGGAGUGUGGCAAAAUAUGUAGUUGCAGUUGGUUCACUCUGUGCCUUAACCACAAGCCUCUUAGGAUCCAUGUUCCCAAUGCCUCGAAUUCUCUUUGCCAUGGCCAGAGAUGGAUUACUUUUUCAGCCACUUUCCAGGGUCAGUAGCCGACAGAGUCCAGUAGUAGCCACCAUGAUAUCAGGCACUAUAGCAGCUAUUAUGGCAUUUCUAUUUGACUUGAAAGCCCUUGUUGACAUGAUGUCUAUUGGAACUCUACUGGCCUACACAUUGGUGUCAUCAUGUGUCUUACUGCUGAGAUAUCAGCAAGAUCCAGAAGACAUGAUUACCACUAAUGGAAGCCCCCAGAACCCAAAACCUAGUUAUUUAACAAAUCCAUCAAAAUCUUCAUCAGAAAUUAAUUCCACCUUGGUGACACGCAGCGUUAUUGCUAUAACUUUGCUGGUCUGUAUUGCCAGUGUGGUAUCAACAGCAGGGUCCCAGUGUGUAUUGUCAGGCAGAGCCUGGUGCAUCACUAUUCUUGUGCUAACACUUUUGGGAAUAUUAGUGGCAACACUAAUUAUAUGGAGACAGCCACAAAAUCAAAGAAAAGCUGCAUUCAUGGUUCCCUUUCUCCCAUUUCUGCCAAUACUUAGCAUCCUGGUUAACAUAUAUUUAAUGGUGCAACUGAGCGCAGACACGUGGCUCCGUUAUGCAGUCUGGAUGGCACUGGGAUUUCUUAUCUACUUUGGCUAUGGAAUGCAUCACAGCGUUGAGAGGCUGCAGACCACAGAUGUCCCCAUACAGACAGAAGAUAGCAACACAGUUGAAAUGGGAAGUAAAGAACGGUUCUUUGAAGUGAAUCUUGGGCAAUAAAACAUGCCCCAUGGAAACAAAGAGGUGGUGGGGGAGAAGCCCUCCCCCCAAAAAAACACCAAACAAACAAAAAAAGAAGAAUCUUGAUUAAAAUGGGGACAUUUUAUCCACAUUAGGUGUAAGAAAUCUCAUGUCUUGUAACAAGUUUACUUACUAUGAGUUAGAAGCUACUGUAUGUAGCAUUGUCCUUGUGUUG